AUGGCUCAGCGGCUGACUCUGCGUAAGCGCAACCCCUACAACACCCGGUCGAACCGCCGGCGUGUGAUCAAGACUCCUAGCGGCCAGCUGCGCUACCUGCACCUGAAGAAGCUGCCCACCGCCCCCAAGUGCGGUGACUGCCAUGCUGCGCUUCAGGGUGUGAAGGCGCUCCGUCCCCGUGCUUACGCCACUGUGUCGAAGCGCGAGAAGACUGUCCAGCGUGCCUACGGUGGCAGCCGCUGCGCCGCGUGCGUCCGCACUCGUGUUGUGCGUGCUUUCCUGGUGGAAGAGUCGAAGAUCGUGAAGAACGUGAUCAGGGCCCAGCAGGCUAAGCAGCAGUAA